AUGAAGUUCGGCAGUAACCUCAACCAUCUAUCCAUUAGAGAGUGGAAAUGGUACAACCUAGAUUACAACGAUUUAAAAUAUAAGAUUCGAAUCUUAACUCAGGAGGACAACUACGAGAUUCUGGAAUUGUAUCAAGAUUUUGUUAAUAACUUUAAUCGAAUUAAUUUAUUUAUUGAAACCAAAAAUGAUGAGUUGAUACGAAAGGUUACAUUUUUUGAAGCAAACUUCAACCGGCUUUUAGAGGAGUCAAAUAUUAAUACUAUUGUCAAACAAAUCAAUUUUGACGAAAUCUUCUAUCAAACGAUUGAGAUAUCGGUUAUUUUGAAGAAGCUUUUGAAGUUUAUCACGAUACAGAAGAUAGCGUGCCGGAAGAUCUUCAAAAAGCUAGUGAAAUACUAUGCGAACAAAACGGAAGCAGGUCAAUUUGUAUCGAGCUUAAAGGACAAACUUAGCAGAAAUGAAAGAUCAUUUAUUAAUUUCAGCCUAGCUAAUUUGACAGGUAGAUUGACACUAUUAUUUAAUUCUAUCAAGGUGGAAAGGGGUAAUUUAUGCCAAUUCGUUAACGAAAAAUCACAUAUACCGAGAUGUAAGAGAACGCUGCUUAUAUCCCUUUUUCAUAAUACUGACGAUUUGGAAUUUGACUAUAACAUACUGCUAAAGAAGAAUUUUCUGAUGAGUUGCUUAAUUUCGGCUGAUGUAAAUAACUUAAACGAGUUAUUUUUGAACUUAAAUAUUUAUCUUGGGUUCAACAACUGUAAUGUUGACAAGGAGCUGACUCGGAUGUCCUACACAUAUUUAUUUAAUGAUAACAUGAAUGAUGAACCUUGCACUAUUAUUACUCAUGAAGACAAAAAAUAUUCUCUUAUUAUUGCAUGCGUCGGUGGAUUAAGAAAAUACUCGUAUUGCCGUAUCGAGACCGAUAUUGCUGAUUCUUUGCUUAAGUAUUUAAUUGAUCCAUCGAAGAACGAAGUCUUGGAUAAGUUGCCAACAUUAUAUGAUGAUAAUCUAACUAAGGCAACUAUAGAUCUGAUCCUUAACAACAAAUUGUCUCCUAAAUUCAGACUAAUUUGUAAUAGAUCAAGAUUUUCUUUACUGAAUGAAGCGGAUCUUCAUCAAGAGCCUGACACGUUUCACAAUCCUGAGGAUGACUACUUGAUUACAGUAGAUGAAGGUAUUCUUACGACAAGUGAUAUUAAUAUUGUUUCUAGCACUAGCUUCGACUUUGAUCGUACUCAUUUUGAAAGGUUCCCAAUCAACAAGUUGUCUAUCUACACGAAUGACUUGAAUUUGUCAAAUUUCGAAGAUAAUCUAACUUCAGAGAUAAACAACCAUAAGAUAAGCAAUAAGUUCCAAAUAUCGUACCUUAAAAAAUUACCAACGAGAAUACAAAAGUUGGUUCAAAUUCAUUCCCUAAAUUUGUUCAAAAAUUUGGACUUAUACCAAUACAUGUUGUCAUGCUACAUGAACGUAAUUCCAAAUGAUAAGUAUAUCGAUAAUCAUUAUUCAGUGUUGCUUAAUCUAGAUUUAUUCAAAUCUUUUGAGAAUAUUGAAAACUAUCGAAAUACUUUAGAUAUUGAAACAAAGCUCAUUAAUUCUAAGUCGGAUCAAAUCUUACGACACCAAUCAUCUUUGAAGUCUCUUCCUGAUUACUAUGCCAAGCAUACACAACCAUCAGAAAGGCCGUUGCUAUCCAAAUCCCACCAAAGGAAUAGUUUAUUAUCAAAUAACUCAUCCCAAACAGGGUUAUACACUCUUCAUAAUCUGUAUUCGCGUGAGAAUUUAAACAACUCUCUAACUUCCCAUACGUCCAUUCUAAAUAGUGAUCAUUCUGAUGAAUUUGAUGUGGAUAGUGAGUUAGAGUACUAUGACAAUAAUAACAUAGCGAGCAUGAAUUAUGAGUCGGGUGAUUCGGUUAUCAACAAAGUCAUUUUGACAAUAAUACAAUUAAAGAGAAAGGCUUAUGGUGUUUCGCGUGAUGUUGAGAGUUAUGGCAGCACAAACGAACGUUACAAUAAUUACAAAAAAGACCCUUCGAUUGUCAUUCGAUCCACGUUCAACGAGUAUCAGUAUCAGUUUGAACGUGACUUCGACAAGAUAUUAUCAUUUUUUUACUUCUCCCUUAUUUUUAUAUCCUUGUUUAUAUCAGGGGUUGAAAUAGGUAUUAUCUACAGCAUUCUCCUGAGCCAGCUGAACUUUGACAGGUUUCCAAUCGUUCAGAACAUAUGGCUCAUUCUUGUUAUAAUUAUUGGAUUAAUAGUGUCUUCCUUCUUAAGUUUAAUUAGCUUAUUGCUAAUCUUUAGGAGGUUCCAUUCUUGUCCCAAGUCACAUUAUCUAGUAAUUACUUUCGGGAGUUUUCUUAUUAUAACAUCAUUUUUUUGGUGUAUGUUUAUUCUAUUCUUUUAA